AUGGCACUGACUCAAGCGAGUGACAGCAGCAAGCAGCAUGGCCGUGAGCUGGCCCUGCAGCCACAGGAGAAGCUGUCAGCAGGCGUGGAUCCAAAACCCACUCUUGAAAGAUCAGCCGAUCACCGCACACACACGCGUGUACGCCCCCCCGGGCUUCCAACGGCUAGCAGCAUCUCUCUCUCAAUCUCUCUCUCUCUCUCUCAAAACUCUAAAUCUCUCUCAAAAUCUCUCUCUAGCUCUCUCUCUUCUCUCUCUCUCUCUGUGGUAGUUGUGCUUUUCCUUUGUGUCUUUGACCGACCAAACCAAUUCAAUCAUCUCUCUCUCUCUCUCUCUCUCUCUCUCUCUCUCUCUCUCUCUCUCUCUCUCUCUCUCUCUCUCUCUCUCUCUCUCUCUCUCUCUCUCUCUCUCUCUCUCUCUCUCUCUCUCUCUCUCUCUCUCUCUCUCUCUCUCUCUCUCUCUCUCUCUCUCUCUCUCUCUCUCUCUCUCUUUCUAUCAUCAUAA